UAAAAAAUAUUUUAUUCAUAGAAUAAGGCUGACAUCACCCGCCUCCCAUGCAUUGCUAACAUUCCUCCUGCUCACCACUGGAGGAACGGGGCGCUGUUGAAGACUAGCGAGAAAUGAACUGCAACUUUCCAUCCUAUCACGGCAUGUCGGAAAUCUAUUGGUGGAAAGUACCACUUUAAGAACAGUGCGUUUUCAGCGAGGCAAAGAUGCCAUCUCCUUGGACGAAUAAAGACGUGGUGAUACCGGAGUCAAUGUGUGAGAUUCAGACACUGCCUCACAUCCACAGUAUAAUUGCUUUCUACAGUAUAACACAUCAGUGCCAGGUAUCUUGUUGGCUCGGAGAAAUACAACGCGUUCUAAUUAUUUUUGCAUUUAAAGCAAUUUGGUUUAAUUCUCAAUUAAUAAGUAAAUCGUAUUAAUUUCUUGAGGAGCGUUGCAGGUUUCCUUUAUGAUUUUUUUUUGUAAACAAAAGUCCCUUUAAUAACUUUGAAAGAAGCGAGACUUGGCAACCCAGCAACAGCGGAAUCUGCUCCGACACGAUUCAGCGUCAAUCCAGCGCUGUGCAUGCCGUGUGCUGAGUCCCCAGCGCCAAGUGGCGGUGCCACAUCACAGACUCUACUCUCUGCAACUACCUCAUCCACAUAGGUCUUGCUGAUUCACUGCUUCGUGCAGGCACACAACGGGGAGAGGCGAAGAUAAACACAGAUAUACACACACACACAAGCAGCACAUUCAAAAAGAGACAUCAGGAGCUGGAAUCGCGCCUGCCCCAGUCCCUGGAGGAAGACAAGUUGUGGGAGUCCUCCAUCCUCCACUGCCUGGCAAAAUCUAACCGAACUGACCGCAGCAAGAAGGUCUGGUUCCUCAAUCACCUUCGAGAGGGUGCGCUGUGGAAAUGUAAGCGAGCUGUCCGCUCAGGAGUGCACCGUCCCGGCUCCGUUUGCAGUGCCACAGCCCUAUGCCAGUAUGAUUUAAACAGCACUGGGAGAGGCGUUCAGCCCGAGUUACUGUGCCGCAAGUUGUCACAGACGGUCGGUGUACGGGGAGAUGGAGCUCGGCCGCGUUAUUCGGGGCAUAGUGUAGAAGGGGAAAGCUGGCAGUCUGCAGCAGUGACUGGCCUCAGAGCAACACCUGUUACCCAGCCAGCAGAGCUACUGUGGGAAAUAUCGUUAAGAGAAGGUUCAGAGCGAUCAGUGAAGUCCAAAUAUUUCGUUAAGGAAUAUGCAAGCAUCCUCAGGUUCGCAUUGAACCCCACACGCGGGCGUUAGGCGGGAAUAAAUGAAUAAGUCAUGAGGAACAAAGUGCAAAGGGGAAAGUGUGUCAAAGAUCCGGUCGUGGGUGCUUUUGAUCGUAGUAGUUUGCAGACUCCAGUGUCCUUGUUAAACCGAGCUCUGUUACACUUGGACAUGACGGUAGAACAAACCGUCCCUCAAUAUCACGCGGCGCUGAAACAGUUGACGCUGAAAGGGACGGUGGAAUUUUGGUCAUGAUUUAGAGAUGCCGGUGUUGGACUGGGGUGGAACAUUAGCACCUCUUUAUAAGUUAGUCAACCUCUACCUUUCUCAAGGAAGAAUUGGUGUUCACUGCCAUGCGCUUUAUAGAGAAGGGCGCGAUCCAAGCACAGAAUGGAAUACUCACGUCCACGUUAAUCAACGUGAAACGUUCCAGUGUUAGUUGAAAACAGCAGAAAGCUAUCAGAUAGUUCGCUGGUUAAAAGAAAACAGUCCUUAUUUUGAAACUCCGUCGUUCUCCAAGAGUCAUCUGGACUCGAAACGUUAGCUUGGUCUCUCUCCAUGGAUGCUGUCUGACCCGCUAUGAUCGCCAGCAUUUGUUGUUCUCAGUUCUCCGAACCGUGAUUAUUCUCAGUUUCCGGGAUUCUCAGCGAACAUCGACUAGGGGGCGACAAACAGCCGUUCACACCAUCUCGCAGUGAUGAAGGGCUUUCAAAACAAAUGCUAUCUUGCUCCAAUUUACAACAGUUUCAGACCAGCAUUUUCCUCUGUGCUAUAGCACAUGGAUUUCAGGACUGGGGCUGAAGAGACAAAAACAGGAAUUUGUUUGCUCCAAGAUGGAAAUCGACAGCCUUUUGAAGUGCGAUUGCACUUAGCAAAGGACAUUUUAACAAUUCAGGAGCAAGAUGUCAUUUGUGUCUCUAGUGAAGCUUUCUACUCAAGUGAAAGAACAGUUUCAAUCAGAAGACAGACAAUUGGUGGAUUUGGUCUAAGUAUAAAGGGUGGAGCUGAGCACAAUAUUCCUGUGAUCAUAUCAAAAAUCUCAAAGGAACAAAGAGCUGACCUGUCUGGAUUGCUGUUUAUUGGAGAUGCUAUCCUUCAGAUAAAUGGAAUAAAUGUUAGGAACUGCAAACAUGAAGAAGUGGUUCAAGUUCUGCGUAAUGCUGGGGAAGAAGUAACUCUCACAGUUUCAUUUUUAAAGAGAGCACCUGCCUUCCUGAAACUCCCUUUGUAUGAAGACUGCACAUGUGUUCCCAGUGACCAAAGCAGUGGUACAUCUUCCCCACUUUGCGACAGUGGAUUACAUCUUAACUUUCAUCCCAACAAUACAGAUUCCCUCUCGUGUUCUUCAUGGCCUACAUCCUCAGGCCUAAAGUGGGAGAAGCGAUGGUGUGAUCUACGGUUAAUCCCCCUUCUUCAUUCUCGUUUGUCACAUUAUAUUCCAGGAACUGAUAUUGCCAGGCAAAAUGCGUUUCAAGUAAUUGCUGUGGAUGGAGUGUGCAGUGGUGUCAUUCAGUGUCUCACUGCUGAAGACUGUGCAGAUUGGCUGCAAGCACUGGCAAUUAAUAUAUCCAACCUUACCAAGCACAAUAUUAAAAAGAUAAACAGGAAUUUUCCUGUAAAUCAACAGAUAAUCUACAUGGGCUGGGUAGAAGACCAGGAGCCAGACUCAUUGCAAGAUAAACUGUAUACACCAAAGUAUUUAGCUGUGAGAGGCUCUUGCCUCUACAAAUUUACAGCGCCUCCGGUGACUACAUUGGAUUGGACAAAAGCAGUGAGGAGUUACACAGUCUAUGAAAUUAUGUGCAAAAUUCUUAAGGACAGUGACCUGUGGGACCGGCGGAAACACUGUUUUAGUGUUCAGACAGAAAAUGGAGAGGACCUUAUCUUCAGUGUGGAAUUAGAAUAUGAACUUAUUCUCUGGGAAAAGGCCUUUCAGAUGGCAACCUUCCUGGAGGUGGAACGAAUACAGUGUAAAACUUAUGCGUGUGUGCUGGAGAGUCACCUCAUGGGACUGACAAUAGACUUCAAUAUGGGUUUUGUAUGCUUUGAUGCCGCAUCAAAGAUUGUUCUCUGGAGAUAUAAAUUUUCACAGCUGAAAGGCUCUUCAGAUGAUGGAAAAAGCAAGAUAAAAUUUUUAUUCCAGAACAUUGACACUAAACAAAUUGAAGCAAAGGAGCUGGAAUUUUCCAACCUUUUCGCAGUACUGCAUUGUAUACACUCCUUUUUUGCUGCUAAAGUUGCUUGCAUGGAUCCUCUCUACGUUGGAAGCCAGCCUGUUGUUGGGAAGGCCAAGUAUAGUAACUGACAGACUCCUUUCUAUUCAGUUGGAAAGAAUUGUUGCUGCUCUGCUAAAGAUAAAUAUUUAACAUGGCGUAUCUUUGAUGGGUUUCGAUAACAUGCUUCCAGCUCAGGAGAAAAGUUGUCAGCUUUCAUUCUUCUCUUGUCCCAUGUUUUCCAAACAGUCACUGAUGAGUUGAACUAAAACAUCAAGAGUUUACAGAUAUGGUAGCUUUUCUCAUUUUAGUGCUGAAAUUUUGUCAUGAACUACAAUCAAAUAUUAUUGUGAGAUACUUCCUGAAUGAGGAGUAUCACUGAUGAACUUAAUGUACAAAAGAUUUCUUACUGAAGAUGUCUCUGUGAAAGCACCCUUCAAUUCAAUGUGCUUCUGCUUUCCAAAGAUGGAAAUUUUUAUGAACUUACAAGACGUUUAAGUGACAUGAAAAUGUGCUUUAUCCAAGGUAGAGAUGAGGAAUAUGAUGAUUAGAAAUUAUGAUUCAAAUGGGCAAAGCAGGUCAUUUUUAUGUGAAAUAAUUUUUGUAGUGGAAAUGCCCUUAUUUUUACAAUAAGCCCUGAGUGUUUACUUUUUCCAUGUUAAGCUUCUGAACUAUAUAAAUAUGAGCUCAUGAGCAAGAUAACACAAAUUAAUUCAUUGUGAUUGGUAAAAAUAACAAUAAUAAUUCAUUCUUCUGUGAGCUAUAUACACAUGCCGUGCAGACUGAGCUAACAUUUCUCUGUUAUGACCACCAUUAGCUAUGUAUAAUGCAAUUUUAAUUCCUUAAAAAUAUACCUAUAAAUUGCAUAUUCCUCUGUACAUUUUGAAGUACAACGUUCUAUAAAAACUCCUGAUGAAAUUUUAACAAUAUGAGCUGGUUUUUAAAAGAAAAUCAUCAUAGUCAUACUAAUAACUAUACAUCCAAUAUGUCUUCAAAGAUCCUUUAAACAAUUCAUGUAAAUCAUUCAUUGUAAAGUUUUUAUAAUCAUUUUUUGGAAAAAUUGAUGGCAGACAAAUUUCACAGGCUCUUAGCUGUGCCAACAUUACGUAAUAUGAUUCCACUAUGUAAGUGGACAAAUUAAAAACAUUUUUUGCAUGUGUUUUGUUAAUCUUGUCAAAGUGCAAAGGUUCAUUUCACAAAUUGCCAACACAUCUGUUGUGAUAUCUUCUAACAUAGGUUUUACAUUAGAAAAUCACAGAAGUGGACUGGAACAUCACCAAGUAGUAGACCAGUAUGUCACAAGGUGAAAAGGGUUUUUCAAACUUAUUUGCAUUUUUGGCUUUUUUUCUGCUUUUGGCUUUUUAUUCAAUAUUGUUAGGCAUUAUUAUGUUUAAAGAGGAAAUCCUAAUAGAUCUAUGGCACAAUAUUCCAUGUUUUUUAUAAAUGUCUUUAUUGUGUGUAUAUAAGACAAAAGUAAGCACUACAAACUUAAUAUGAUAACUUAUGUUGUGCUGUGAAUUCAGUUCUACAUUUUACUUCCUUCCAAGAGUUCACUUGUAUAAUCUCGAAGGUUCAUUCACUUAUCCAGACACCAAAACCAAAAGUCAUGCCGUAGCCCUCUGGAAAUUUCUUGAAUUCAUAGAAGUCCAGCUGUUUCUUGAGGCACUAAUUUAAUGGGAAUCCUACAUUAGCUAUUGACCAACAAAUCCUCUGGUCUUCUUUAAAGACCUCAAGUCAUGACUGUGGACUUUCAUUCCUUGUAAUAAAAGCAAACUAAUGCAGUUGCUGGAAAUCUGCAACAAGCCCAAAACAUGCUGGAGAAACUCAGCAGGUUUUGCAGCAUCUGUGGAGAAAGAGACAAGAGUUAAUGUUUCAAUCCAAUAUGACUUCAUCAAACCCGUUCUAAAGACGAGUCAUGUCAGAUUCAAAAUGUUUUCACUGCUUCUCUCUCCACCAAUGCUGCCAAACUUUCUCCAGUGUUUUCUGUGUUGUCUAAGGUCCUAAUUGUGGCUUUGUAUAUUCAUGCAAGUUUUUUUUUCUUCCAGUCUAUUACAAAAGUAUCUGUAUUGCUGUUUCUAAUCUAGUUUUACAAAUUGAAAAGCAUUAAACCACGUAAGGAUUAUUGUAGGUUUCUUCCACCAGCUGCAAGUUGGAGCAAAUCAUCCAGUUGCUUUUCUCUCACGAAAUCCAAUUGAUUGAGCCAUCCAAGUGAUGAGCAAUGAUUUUAGUAUUUUCUUAGCUGACGUGCAAACUUAACUGGCAAACAUCUCCUAUAAUAUUUUUAAAUCUGGUGGUGUGAAAUCUUUGCCUCGAUAAUGCUUGUAUGUUCCCCAAUCUGAACUGCCUGCUUCUAUCAGCAACACAAAUCAAUACAUUAAUCAAAAUAACCUUCUAAACAAGAAUCCACCCUGAAUUGAGUGGCAACAUGCUACAGUGGUAUUGUCCCUAUCUGUAACCCAGGAGGUCUGGUUCAAAUCAGACUUGUGUCAGAGGUGAUUGUAAAAUAGCUGAACCAGUUGAUUAAAAACUCUGGGUUCUUAAGUACAGUAGCUGUGUCUCUACCUCUGGCACACAAGGUUCAAGUCCUAUCUACUCCAAAGGUGUGUCAUAAGAUGUCAAAACAGAUUUAUUAGAAAAUAACUCCACCCUGAAUCUGUUUGGCUCGGUAACGUCCUUUGGGUCAAUUCAAGCAGAAAUACAAAAUAUUAUUUACCUUGAAUAUAAUUUGUUGAUUCUACAAUGAAUAUAAAUAAUUUAUAUUAUAACUGAGCUAUGACCCAAUCUCUCACCUUGUUUUUUGGAGAUGUCCAGAAUUCUAUCAUACAUUAUUUAGUUUAUAUCUUCUGUCAACUCUGACCUUGUAAGAUAAACACAGUUAGUUUUAAGGGUCAUAAAAUGUCAGGUUUAUUUGAAUUAUAUUUACUUCAGGGAUACUCAAUCAGUUGCUCCAUUUAUCUACAGUUAAAAGUUUAACCAAAAAUUAUAUUCGAAAACAUACGAUCUAUGAACUAGAUAUUUGCAGCACUUUGAAUUAUUUGUUUAAGUGACCUCUUGUUCUUCUGCAAUGAAUACUCCUUCUUGUAAAUAACUUCUUUUUCACAGAAAUCAGUUGAAUCAUCUCUUUUUACUUCCUUUAACCUGGCACCAUUGGCCAUCAUAUUUUCCAUGCCAUGUGCAUUAUAAAAGCUUUUCCUUAAGGCCUCAGUCAAUUCUGAGAUAGUUAAAGGUCAAAAUCUAAGCAAUACAAAUGUGAAAUCAAAACAAAAGUAUUGUAUCUGUCUCCAAAUGUAUCUCUACAACUGUUUUGCAGGUUGGUGACACGCAUAUGAAAGGAACAUCACUGGCAAAAUGGACUGCUGUUCAUUGAGUUGCAGAGCUCUAUUUGACACAAACUGCUUCUUUCAGACAGCAGCUGGAAUCUCUCAUCUUUCCAUUUUAGUUUUUUUUUGUGUGGUACAUUUUCAUGUUUGAGAAUGAAUUAGACUGAGCCUCCAGCCUCUCAUCGCAUCUUUCCACCUUCAUCUAAUUUCUGUGGUGUCAUAAAACACACUUACUCUGCAAGUAGUUUCCGUCAUUUUUGUGAAAUCUCAGCAACAUUUUCACCAUUUUCCUGGGCAGCUCAUGCUGAAUUUAAUUUAUCUAUUAUCCUUUCACUGCAUCUCAGCUAAUGUCCUGAACCACAGGAGAUGUAUGAGAUCAACAUACUUCACAUUUUAUACCCAAAAGGGAUUAAACUAUCAUUUUUAUUAGGUUCAUAGUCCAGUAUUUUGAUAAUUUUGCAAGGGUAUUAGUCUAAAAUGCUCUUUGAUUUUUAGAAAAUGUUUUCACUCCCAUUUUCUUUUGAGUAUUCAUGUUUUGGUACUUAACAGGAAGACACUGCUUUGUCAUUAUUUUUAUUGUUAUUGAAUUCACAGUGCUCAGACAGCAUUGAAUUAACCUUUUAUUUCAGUUAUAUUGUAAAGUUUGUUGCAGUUAAUGGACAAGAGUUCUUCAAUCAAUAGAUUGAGUGGAGCAUUAAUGAUAUUGGCUUUCAGAAGACAAAAUAGCUUUGGUGCUAUACUCAUGACUUAUCAAAAGAGUAAGGAAGCUUUUAGGUGAUUCUCAGAAGAAUGAGUCAAAAUUAAUUUAUAGUGGAAUAGAAUUAUAAAAUGUUGCCAGAUCUUGUAAACCUCAAUUCUUUUUCAGUAUUGCCACAUGUCAGAUCUCAAUGUCAGUAUCAGAAUAUCUACAGACUGAAGAGAUGAUGACAGUUGUAAACUGAGCCUUUGAUCUGUACAGAUGAUGAAUAUUUGUAUGUUUUUAUAGUGCACUAUAAGCAAUCAAAAUUAAACAAAAUGAGA